AGGUCGGCAUCGCAGCCACCUCCGUGUCCCACUCCCGUCACUUUGGUAGCAGCGUUGCGUUGUGGUCACGCCAUAGUCAUCAUAAAUUUCGGCCACGGUAGCUAGGAAAUAUUUAAAGUCUGGCGCGUGCAAACGUCUAUCUCUGACGCGGUCUGAACGGGGAGCCACUAUUCCGCCGUCCAUGUGAUUCGUAAGGACCAGCAGGGACAGGGACGUUGGCGAGCGGCGACUGCGGCUGACUGUGGCGAGGUCGAGGGGAGCAACCACGCGAACGUUGCAACCAAUCCGCACACUUGGCGUUUCUCGGUCGUGGAGUGCGGAUGCCGUGAUCGUCUGCCACUACUUGCCACUAUUGCCGCGAUUCCAAGUACACGUCGAGUCAUCCAUAAAGUUGACGACCGCCUCCCCAACACUAGCCAUGUCGGUGAUCUACAAGAACUCGAUGAAUGUCAUCGGCAAGUUCGUGCCUGAGAAGCUGCAGCCUCUGUGGAAACAUCCAGCUGGUCCACAAACCAUCUUCUUCUGGGCACCGGCCUUCAAAUGGGGUCUUGUAAUCGCCGGCCUCGGUGACUUACAGAGGCCAGCGAACAAAAUCUCCGUCAGCCAAUCUUGUGCCUUGGGCAUCACGGGGUUAAUUUGGACCAGAUACUCCUUAGUCAUCACCCCGAGAAACUGGAAUCUCUUUAGCGUAAACCUCUUCGUCGCGUUUACGGCUAUAUAUCAAAUAACGAGAGCCCUGAGAUAUCAACGCCAGCAAGCAGCUUUGGAGGCAGCGAAGAUGAUUCCGUCAGAUGCUGCUCACUGACGAUAACUACAAGUAUAGAUAUACAUUCCUAGGAAACGAAAAAAGGAAUACUUAAUUCUUCGCUACUUCGCGUUUCGUGAAACGUUUAUGUUACCAUUUAGCACAUCGGGACGAGUAGUAGUGACGUUUAGCGUAUCUGACCAAUAUGUCUUAAUGACGAACAAAAAACUGGAAAGAUAGAUCGGUGAUACAUAUAAUAUAUACAACUCGAAAUAUUUAAAAAUUACAAAGUUGUACAAUUACGUUCGAUCGAGCUCGUAGCACGAAAUCUUUAAUGAAACAAAUUGAUAUCGUCUUGAAUAACUCUAACGAACACCCAGGGAUGCGAUCAGUCUCACUACAAAUGCUUUGAAUUAUUAAUGUAAUUGAUCAAUCAGAAGAAAGAAUUUUACUAAUUAAAGAAUACUUCAAAGCAUUGUAGCAUCGCGUUGAUCGUGUCUCAAAUUAAGUAAUGUCUCAUGACUUUUCAAAUGUCUUUGUGAUAUCUAUUAGACGUUCGGUCGAAAAGAACAUAGCGAAUUUUACGUAAGGUCGAUUGACUUUCUUGGUGCCAAACUGUGAUAUAUAUGACGCACGAUAUGACAUUCAUUUUAGAUGCUGUACGAUAAAUAAAUAUUGUACACUAGAUAGAUAAAAAGUACAACUACACAGGGCACAGAAGGAA